AUGACGGACGUAAAACCACCAGUAUCCAUCCAUGAGUUAAUACAGCUUGCCCACAUUGGCAUCCCUGGUGAUCAGGUGACAUGGUCAAGGGUUACUAUGACAUCUGACCGAUGGAUAGCCAUCAGGCAUAGUAACAGGGAUGACAAGGAAUCUAUGGUGACAGUGCUGAAUCCUAAAGAUGGCGUUAUAUCCUAUGCUGGGCAGACAAGUGCGGACUCAAUACAAAUGAAUCCCUCACAGCCUGUUAUUGCCUUAAAAGCUGGAGCACGGUUUGAGGUGUUUAACUUUGACUCCAAAGUGAUGAUCAGUAAGACGAAGAUUCAUGAACCUAUUGUGUUCUGGACGUGGCUCAACUCUGAAAUCAUCGCCAUGGUGACUGACACUGUCAUCUACCAUUGGGACGUUUGGCAGAACAGUGCACCUGAACGAGUGUUCAGUAGACAUCCAAGACUGGCUUUUAGUGAAAUCAUCAGCUAUAAGGCCGACCCAAGUCUCAAGUGGUUAGCAGUCACUGGACUGACGCCAGAGGAGAAGAAGAUCUCAGGGAUAACACAACUCUACAGUGUCAGUGAUGACAUCACACAAUGUAUUAGUGCCCAUGCUGUCUGUUUCUCUACAUAUCACUAUGAUGACAAUCCUUCACAGUCCACUGUCAUGUGUGUAGCAUCUCGAGAGGCCCAUGACCAUGGCAAGGUUCAUGUCAUAGAGCUUGGGCCUUACAAACAAGGUAACUUUGCACCUAGGAACAACUAUGACCUCAUCCAGUUCAUUGAUGAUGUGGACCGCUACGACUUUCCGAUAUCUCUCCAUGUUUCCUGUAAAUAUGGCCUGUUGUUUGUGAUAACAAAGUAUGGAUACCUGUACUUGUGUGACAUGGAAACAGCCGCAUGUCUCUGUUGUACUCGAGUCUCUCUAAACGUCAUCUUUACCUCCACACUCAACACAGACUCACAGGGUAUUGUCGGUGUCACCAGGGGAGGCCAGAUUGUAACUGUGGAUAUUAAGAAAGAUGGUUUCAUCAAAUAUGUACGGGACACUGCCAAGAAAACAAACCAGGCAAACCGCUUGGAGAAGGCCAUUUCUAUACAGAUUGACAAUGAUGGAGAUAAUCCUGUGUCCUUGGACAUGAGUGCCUCCUCACAGGGGGAGCUUGGUGCUCACUCACUUCGAGACAACAACAGCAAUAUACGUAAAUGAAACUGACAUUGACAUCGACUUAAACUUGACCUAUGUUGUCAUGGUAAUGAUUGUCUUAGAUAUUUCAAAGUAUUACUGUGUUGCAAGAUAUUCAAAUGAAAUUGUUGCUAUGGUGAUUAUGCAUAAAGUCAGGUAAAAUCUGGCACAUUCUAUAAUAACAUCAAUCUCAGAUGGUUAGUAAUGUGUUGACCUCUGACCUUGAUCUCUGUUAACUCUAGUCAGCAGAAUUUGCACUAGCAUCAGUAUUUAUGCUUUAAGAUGUUUCAUUUUUGAUAUUGUAAUAAACAGCCUCAACUUGUUCAUCUGAUGUUGCCAGAAAACAUUUAUAUCAUUAGAUCUCAUCAGUAAACAUCUACAUCAUCACAUCUCAUCUGUAAACAUCUACAUCAUCACAUCUCAUCAGUAAACAUCUACAUCAUCACAUCUCAUCAGUAAACAUCUAUAUCAUCACAUCUCAUCAUUAAACAUCUAUAUCAUCACAUCUCAUCAGUAAGUAAACAUCUACAUCAUCACAUCUCAUCAGUAAACAUCU